GUGGCAAUAUAUUGUUGUAUUGAACAUAAUGAACAUAUAUACAUUAUAUAUAUUUUUUCUUUGUUCUACAGUAGGUAAACUCACAGUAAAUACUGUUAUAUUAUUAUAUUAUUUUAUUUUUUGCAUCGUUUACUUUCAGAAAAAAGUAUUUCAAGAACAUUCUACUGAGAUUCUUGAGCGGGUAAAAGCAAUCACUGGUAACGAUAAAGUUGGUGACUAUCUACAGCAUCACUGGUUUCCUGUAUCUGACAUGUGGGCACAAUAUGGUCGACAGGUGUAUCAUGAAGAAAGUGAAACCAACAAUCUUUUGGAAAGAUUUUUCCACACUUUGAAAUAUCAAUUUUUGGAAGGAAAAGCAAACAUGAGAUUAGAUAUGUUAGUUUGUCUGCUAACUGGCAAAGUUGAGAAAUAUUACAAGCAUUUAACUGAACUUCACAAGGCUGGCCGUAUAUCAAGUUCACAAGAAAAGCAGGACAUUUUCGGUACAGUGGAGAAAAUGAUACAGAAAGAACUUGAAGCAAAUAUUCAUCACAAAGGGGAAGGGAAUUAUUGCAUUCCAUCUGAGAGUCAACCAGCAAAAUAUCACAAUGUAAAUGUAAUUUAUAACAUUUGUGAUUGCUGGUUUUCAUUGAUGGGCAAUAUUUGCAAACACAUUGCAUUUGCCAAAACUCUCCUGUCAAGGGAAAACAUUUCUUUAGACCAGCUCAGAAAGUCUGAAUGUAAUUUAUUAAUAAAAAGAAGAAUGUACUAUCCAGGAAGGAGCAACACUUAUUAUUAA